AUGCGGGAUGCGCUGGUGGGGACCCUGUGGCCCAGCCCGGCCUGGGGACAGGCCAAGCGGAAGCUGGACCUGGAGGGCCCAGGCCAGCCGGGCUGCCCGGAAUUCCGCACGCCCAAGGACAAGGGCAGGAGCCUGGCCCAGGUGCCCAGCCCCAGGACCCCCAAGUCCCCCGGUGAGAAGACCCGCUACGACACCUCGCUGGGGCUGCUCACCAAGAAGUUCAUCCGGCUGCUGAGCGAGUCUCCCGACGGCGUCCUGGACCUCAACCGCGCUGCCGAGCUGCUCGAGGUGCAGAAGCGGCGCAUCUACGACAUCACCAAUGUGCUGGAGGGCAUCCAGCUCAUCCGCAAGAAGUCCAAGAGCCACAUCCAGUGGAUGGGGACGGGGAUCUUCGAGGACGUGUCAGUGGUCACCAAGCAGCAGGUGCUGCGCCAGGAGCUGGCCGAGCUGGCCAGGACGGAGAGGACGCUGGACCGGCUCCUGCAGGACUGUGCCCUGCAGCUCAAGCAGCUGACGGAGGAUGAAGCCAACCAGAGGCUGGCCUACGUCACCUACCAGGACCUGCGCGCCAUCGGCACCUUCGAGGAGCAGACGGUGAUCGCGGUGAAGGCUCCUCCAGAGACGCGCCUGGAGGUGCCUGAUUUGCAGGAGGACAAGCUACAGCUCCAUCUGCGGAGCACCAAGGGCCCUAUCGAGGUCUAUCUGUGCCCGGAGGAGAUGCCGGAGGAGCCCCCCGCUGAGGAGCCCGUCCCUGCCACGCACCGCGAUGUCCCCUCCCCUGAGAACCCCAUGGGGCUGGAGGCCGGGCUGCUGGGCUCUCCGCGGCACCUCCUGCAGCACACGGAGGACCAGCUGCCCUGCGCCCCGUCCUACCUGGACGCGGGGCCCUUGGUCGGCUUCUCGCCCCCACUGGCCCACGACGACUACCUGUGGGGGCUCGAGGACGGCGAGGGCGUCAGCGACCUCUUCGAGGCGUACGACUUGGGCGACCUGCUCAAGAACUGA